CUUUAAACAUUAAUAAAACGGAUCGGAAGAAAAUGUCGCAUCUUAUGCCAUUAUUAUACUCCGAUUGGUGGGAAGCCCUUGAUAAUCCACACCAUAUACCAAGUCAGAACUUUGGUUUCGAAAUUGACAACGGCGAUGUUUUAGUUCCACAGAACCCAUUGCUCGGGACCCCGUCUCAUCAUGAUUUGCAAAAGUACAUCGUACCCAUGGGCGGCGAGAAAUUGAGGAGCACAAUGUACUUGAGACCCUGGGUGCAGCUUCACAAUCAAACGAAAGGACUUUCUACUGUUAAGAAGGAUAAGGAUGAAUUCCAGGUUGUUCUAGACAUUCAACAAUUCAAGCCCGAUGAGAUAACCGUAAAAGUCGUGGACAAUUUUGUUGUGGUUGAAGGUAAACAUGGAGAAAUACAGGACGAACAUGGAUGGAUUGCCAGAAACUUCUCCAGAAAAUACUUGGUACCAAAACAAUGUGACCUUGAAAAGGUCAAGUCCAGUCUUUCGUUGGACAGCGUUUUGACAAUUACGGCCCCCAGGAAACACGAACGAAAGCAACAUCGCGAGAAACAACUAAAAAUUGAGAUGACAGGAAAACCUAUGUUUCGCGAAGGAGAAAAUAAGCCAGAAAAGAAAUAAGAUUUAGUAUUAAUGUGAUUUAGUUCAAUUUUGGCUAAAAUUUCACAUUUCUUUGUUAUGCGUGC